AUGAUUUCGAGAAGAAUUGAGGCCAUUCGACAGGAAUUAACGCUGAUGCAUGAGGAAGUUUCGGAUAGAGAAGUUAUAACUGCUUUAUUGACUGGUCUUGGUGAUACUUAUGAGAGUAUGGUUGAAACCUACGACAAUUUAGAUGACAUCUCUCUACAGCAAGUGAAAAUCAAGCUCACCGGUCGUGAAGAGCGUCUGAAUCAGGCUAAAGCGGUGAAAGAGACUAAGGCACGAAAGAAAGCAAAUUUUCAGGAUGGGAAUGGUGGAGCACAGCUUGGAGGAUCGCUGUCCGAGGAAAAGAACGUGUCGUUCGUCAAUAAACGGAAAUGGGGUCGUGGAGGAGGCAGAGGUCAGCCAAAACGUCCUCGUUCGGAAAUUGACUGCCAUAAUUCAGAAUCAGGGCAAAUCAAGUAA